AUGAAUCUCGGCUUUGUUAAAGCACAAUCAGACAAUCUCCCGAAAGUAACCGUACUAAUGGUUACCGACUUUUUCUCCCAAAGUGAAUAUUUCAAUGUUGCCGAAACCAGCGGUGUCAAAGCUCGAAGAGCUGAAAGAGAGGAUUAUGGUGAUGCUGCAGUUGGGUACGUAGAGCUUAGAAGAGAAGGCAGUUUCUGUGAUGUUCGUGGAAAAGUGUGUCCAGAGCACAGGGUGAAUAGCAAAGCAUAUAAUGUCUCAAUGAUGGUUGACGAAAAAAACGAAUCGAUUGAUCGGGUGACCUGUGAGGAUUGUGCGGCAUCAGCAGGUGGUUGUAAACACACUAUCGCUUUUUUAAUGUGGGUCCACCGGCGUAGCGAAGAGCCUGAGCCGACAGCUACUGUAUGCUACUGGAAGAAGCCCCGCUUAGCUCAAGUUGCAGCGAAUGUUCGAUCGUUGAAAGCCAAAGAUUUGCGGCCACGCAGAGCUGAUCCAGAUCUACCGGAUAAUACAGACUUUUUAAAAACUGUGCUAAAUGAACUGCGGAAAAGACAAUUUGACUGUCAGAUCUCAAGGCAUUUUAUAAACAACGAUUCACCGAAGGUUUUAUCGUUGCAUAAUAUUAUGCUCCAAUUCUGUAGCUGUUCAGAUAACACCGAAGUACAAAGUUUUUUAAGCUUCGCAAGCAACACGAUGACUGUGGAUCAAUGCAUCCGAGCUAGAAGAGAAACCCAAACUCAAAGUGAAUCAAAAUUAUGGAAUGAGUUACGAUAUGGACGAAUCACGGCAUCUCGGAUAUAUGAAAUGGCUCAUUGCAAGACGAAAAGCGGAUCCUUGGUAGAGCAGGUCAUCGGAAGUUCAAAAAUCAGGGAUACCGAAGCAAUGGAACGAGGACGAAGAUUAGAGAAAGAAGUUAUCAAAUUACUGAAAGAGAUGUUGAAAACAAACAUAGAAGAUUGUGGAUUGCUGGUCGGAGCGAGGUUCCCUGUUAUUGGUGCGUCACCUGAUGGAGUAGGAGAUGAUUUCGUAGUCGAGAUAAAGUGUCCAAUGACUCGUAAAGCGGAAUCUAGAUACAUCGCAGCGAAUCACCAAAUUGCAAAAAAGUUUUUGGCCCAAAUUCAGCUUCAGAUGUUUAUGAAACAGGUAAAAAAGGGUUUUUUCUGCAUAGCCAAUCAUGACUUCGAAACGAGUCAUAAAAUUAGAUUGAUCUGUGUAGACUAUGACGAAGACUUUGUACUUGAUCUCAUAGAAAAGGCCAUCGCUUUUUGGAAGGAGAAUAUAUACCCUCUUAUUCUCAGAGCUGCAAAAGAAAAGCAAUGA